AUGACGGCCACUCCGAAACGGCGAGGAAGACAGUCGAUGACGUCGGAUCAGAGAAUCAUGCUGAACGUUGGGGGAAUCCGUCACGAGACGCACGUGUCCACGUUGCGCAACGUGCCCAACACGCGCCUCUCCCGCCUCUCCGAGACGCACAUGCAGUCGCGUCAACAAGAGGAGUACUUCUUUGAUCGCCACCCGGCCGUCUUUAACUCGGUGAUCGACUUCUACAGGACAGGCGAGCUUCAUGUACCCCUCGACGUCUGCGGGGCGGUAGUCAAAAGAGAACUGGACUUUUGGCAAUACGAGUUUCAAAUCCGAGCGUGUUGCUGGCGCCAUUACCGCGUGUACAUCGACAACCAGCGGAUACUGGAGGCGUACAACACGAACCUGGGCAUCGAACACGACGACUGCAGCUUGGACGACCUGACCGGCUGGAAACGGUUCCAAAUGAAGGUUUGGAUCCUCCUGGAUCACCCGCGUUCCUCUCGCGCCGCUAUGCUAUACGGCAUCUCGUCUUUCUUCUUUGUGAUGCUGUCCAUCUUGGGCUUCUGUUUGGAGACGUUGCCCAAACUCAGGCCAAAGGGCAUCCCCAAAGUCGCCAACACCACCAGCAAGUGCGAUGGGUCGCUUCAGGACCAGAUGUUACAAUGGGAGCCGAAUAAAUUCCUCAAUGUAAUAGAUAUAGUUUGUACGGUGUUCUUCACCCUGGAACUGAUCUGCAGGUUUACCUUCGCUCCAAACAAGCUGAAAUUCGUUCGGUCGCCCAUGAACAUCAUAGAUAUGUUGGCACUCGUGCCCCUCUACGUGCAGUUUGUCCUGAACGAAAUCGACAUCGAGUACUGCUACCUGAGCGAGAGGCUAAUAUUCGAAGUGAUGUUCAUCCUGAGAAUCAUCAGGAUGUUUAGAAUUUUUCACCUGGUCAAACAUUACCAGGCGUUAAAGAUUUUAGUGUGCGCGCUAAGGGCCAGCAUACAGGAGUUUCUCAUGUUGUCCAUAUUCUUGAUCAUUGGAAUGCUUGUUUUCGCCAGUAUGAUCUACUAUGCAGAACGGGAAGAUGCUGUCAAUCCCAGUAAAACUUUCACGACGAUUCCAGUGGGUUUUUGGUGGGCCAUCAUAACCAUGACUACCGUGGGCUACGGGGACGUGUACCCUAAGACGUCCCUUGGUUACAUCGUGGGUGCCGGAUGUGCCGUGUGUGGCGUUUUAAUGGUGGCCUUAACAAUCCCAGUAAUAUCAAACAAUUUUACCCUCUUCUAUACACACGUCCGAUCACGGUCAGAAGUACCUAAAGGCACGCGGAUUAAGUCGGCUGACGAAGUCUCCAUCGAGUCCCACACAAUGAGGAAAAGACAGUACUCCGGGUCAUCAGUGAUAUUAGAGACUUACCUGAACGGUAAAGUUACGAUUCAUGAGAAUGAGAAUUCGGUUAAUUCUACAAUCGUUCCUUUGUGUCGGCUUUCGGACGAGUUUUCGGAGUCAGACUUUGGGCAGACGACGGAUAAAGACAAGAAAACGUCCCGGAGCUCGUCUAGGAUUUGUGCUGAACAUGGCGAGCGGGGACAAGGAGAAACAAACCUGUGACAAUCCGGCAGACAAUCAGUGGUUUCGUUUGGGCUGAAACCACAGCAAAUAAAUACACAUUGUGAAAUGCACAAUGGUUAGCAGGCCGUAUUCUAAAACUGACCUGACAGAUGAUACGGACAGAUGAUUAUUAUUAUCGCUGGAUCGCAAACAGCGGUUGAUGCGGCUGGAACCACAGCAAAUAUGUUGAUCUGGAAAGACAGUGGUUGAUGCGGCUGAAACCACAAUAGCUGUUGAUCUGGAAAGAGGUUGUUGAUGCGGCUGGAACCACAACAGAUGUUGAUCUGGAAAGAGGUUGUUGAUGGGGCUGGAACCA